UUUAGAUCCAUUCGAUUUUCAAACUGACAUAGCGGGACUGGAGGUCUGGAUUAUACCGGAUCUUUGCUGCCGACAUCCAAUGCUCCCACAAUUCUUCGCCUAAUAAACCAAACGAAGCAGCUCCCUCCUCCAACAAAGAAAGCAAUCUGACAAUGGCCGACACCGAUUAUGCACUCGCCGACAAGCAAGGAGCCACUCCUGUGGUCCAAGGAACAGAAGCUCCCGAUGGAGUGUUCAAGACUGGAGCUGGAGGCGUCAAGAGAGGACACAAAUGCUGUGGAGGAUGCUGUGAUGUGCGUCGUGCCACCAUUAUUGUGAAUAUCAUCAGCAUGGUAUUGGGAGUCGUCGGUGUUCUAUUCAUGAUUACGGCCGGUAGCAUUGCCAGCAAUUUGGAUGCCAGCAACUACGACGAUGAUGAAAUGGUGGCCGCCAUUAAUGAACUCGAGGGAACCGAUUUCGGUGGUUCCAUGGGUGUUGCCAUUGCCUUGAGUUCGGUCCGCAUUCUGCUCAAUGCCGCGGGCAUUUGGGGUGCACUCAAAUACAAUGUCGUUGGAGUCGGUGCCGGUUUGGUGGCCUAUGGGCUCGAAUUCCUCUUUUCACUCAUCACAUUUAACAUUGUCGGUUUGAUCUGGAAUGGAUUCUUUGCCUAUCCACAUGUCUAUCUCAUUAUGGAAAUGAGAAAUGGAAUCAUGAACGCACAAACAUACGAAGAUAUCGAGAAACAAUCUUGUUGCUGUGUAUAAAAACAAUACAAUUCUGAUGAGAACUACUACGACAACACCAGUAUCUGAUCAUCGUUGGACCUUCCCGACAGCCUCCUUCCUAAUGGUUGUCUUGUUAAUGUUGAAACUAGUUGAUAAAGUAACCAUGAAACUUAUUUGUUC